AUGCUUCGUCGAUCUGCAAAGCUUUCCUCUCGCCACUCUGGUGGUUCUGAGAUGCCAGUGUCUCUCCCAAACACGCCGAGGGAAAGUGAUGGGAAGAGGUCCCUAGAGGAGCUUGGAGAGCCAAGUUCGAUGCGUGCAGAUGCCCCUGAAAGACGGGAUGAACUCUACAACGGUAACGACGACGACGAUGACGGGGAUGCAGUAGAGCAUACCGAGUCAAGAAAGAAAGCUGCUCGGGCAGUAGCAAGACCAGCGUCUUUGAAGAAGACCCGUGUUAUGAUUGUAGAGUCAUCGAGCCGCAGGAAGUCCUUGUGUCUUUGUACACAUGGUCUUUAG